CUUCCCGCCGGGUCCCCCCCGCUCUCUCUCUCUCCUCCUUGCCCGGCUAUUCCCACUGCUCCAACACCUUUACCGCCUCCUCCCCUCUCUCCACAAAUCAUGGCUGAUCCCGAUAACGGCUGGCGAUUUGCCCAAUGCUUCGGCGAUAAGGGCGACGUCGAAGAUGUCACCGAAGCCGACAUCAUCUCGGCCGUUGAGUUCGAUGGAACCGGCGAUUAUCUAGCAACGGGCGAUAAGGGCGGCCGUGUCGUUCUCUUUGAGCGCAACGAAGGCAAAAAGGGCUGCGAAUACAAGUUCUUCACCGAGUUCCAGUCCCACGAGCCCGAGUUUGACUACCUCAAGAGUUUGGAAAUCGAGGAAAAGAUCAACAAGAUCCGAUGGUGCAAGCGACAGAACGCCGCCCACUUCCUGCUCUCCACCAACGACAAAACCAUCAAGCUCUGGAAGAUCUUUGAAAAGAACAUCAAGGUCGUUGCCGAAAACAACCUCGACCUUGGAACAAACGGCCUGCAGGCAAACAGACAGCUCCGCAUGCCCAAGCUCGUUCACCACGACACCAUGAUCUCGGCCAUCCCGCGUAAGAUCUAUCAGAACGCCCACGCCUAUCAUAUCAACUCCAUUUCCGUCAACUCGGAUGGCGAAACGUACCUCUCGGCCGAUGAUCUCCGAAUCAACCUCUGGAACUUGAACAUCUCGGACCAAAGCUUCAACAUUGUGGACAUCAAGCCCGUGAACAUGGAGGAGCUGACCGAGGUUAUUACGGCCGCCGAGUUCCACCCCGUCCACUGCAACAUGUUCAUGUACAGUAGCAGCAAGGGCACGAUUAAGCUCAACGACAUGCGAAUGUCGGCGCUUUGCGACAGCCACUCGAAGCUCUUUGAAGAGGAGGAGGAUCCCCAGAACAAAUCCUUCUUUUCCGAAAUCAUCUCCUCAAUAUCCGAUCUGAAGUUCAGCCGCGACGGCCGAUACAUUCUAUCGCGCGACUAUCUGACAUUGAAGAUUUGGGACUUGAACAUGGAAAGCAAGCCUGUCCAGACGAUCAGCAUCCACGAUCACCUCCGCAGCAAGCUUUGCGAUCUCUACGAGAACGACUGUAUCUUUGACAAGUUUGAGUGCAACUUUAGUGGCGAUGGCUCCUCCAUGUUGACGGGCUCCUACAACAACUUCUUCCACAUCUUCGACACCGUCAACAAGACCGACACCAUCCUCCAGGCCGACAAGAGUGCCUUCAAGGCCAAGAAAGUUGGUUCAUCAAAGAACAAGCCCAAUGCCGGCCGCAAAUCCAAAAGAGAAGAGUUCACCAACAUGGAUACCUUGGACUUUUCCAAAAAGAUCUUGCAUGCGUCAUGGCAUCCACGAGAAAACACCAUCGCACUUGCGGCCACCAACAACCUAUUCCUCUUCCAACAGCAGCAUUUCUAAUGUUGUAAAUACUUUGAUUCCUUGUUGAGAGCGAUGUGCCCCCCCCCUCAAUUCAAUCUAGGCCAAUAUCUAAUUGUACCGCCGCUCAGAUGACGAGCUGAUCAUGUCCCAUACUCGCCGCCUCCCACACCCUUGCCUCACUCUCGACCCUCUCCGAUGAUUAUUGUUUAUUACAGUCCCACGAGCGCCACCCUGCCUUUCUUUGCCCUCCUUAUCGCUUCCGUUCUCUCUCUCACUCUAUCUCUCUAUCUCUCUCUUUGCGAUUGCGUUUCGAUUCUUUUCUUCUUCUCUCUGUUCUUUAUUUGUGCUUGGAUUGCUUGUGUUGUUAUUGCCCCCCCUCCUUCUCUCUCAUGAUCUCCUCCGCCCCUUCCUCUCUUUCCUUCUCCCCUCCCCCUCCCACCACACUCUUCCCCUCUCUCGUCUUACCUUCGCUUCAACUCUUUCUGCCGAAUAUACAGCGUGUUCAUACAGCUUA